CUUUAAAUAAAGAAAGAGAAACUAACUAGAACAUUCAUUACAUCAUUAUAAUAGAUUGACAAUGGAAAUUUAAUAAUAGAUUCGUAAAUUAUCGAUAAUAUUCAAAUCUAACAUGAAACUAAUAUUUUUCAUAUCUCAUAUAUUAAUCAGUUCUAUAUGGAUCUAUUCAGUUGAAUCCAUCAAAUGUUAUACAUGUGAUCAGUGUUCACUUCCUUUAGAAAUAGAACAUUUAGAAGUAGCGGAUGGUUGUAAAUUUUGUAAAACCAUAGAACAUUCACGUUAUUUCUUAGGAGGUAUAGCAACAAGACAAUGUGUACAACAUUGUAAACCAUUAUCAAAUUGGCUUUAUUGGAGUUAUAAAUCAGUACAAUUUACAGUAAAUUGUUGUAAUCAAGAUUUGUGUAAUACAUCUAAUUUUAAAUCAAUUAAUAUGUAUCUACUAUUAAUUUGUCCUUUAUUAUGGCAAUAUUUUAUUGAUUUUCUUUGAACUUUAGCGCUUUUAUCGCUUAUAUACCCUGAAAUACUUGACCUCAUAGUAAUCAUUUUAAAAAAUUUACAGUAAUUUUUCUCGUAUAUGCUAUUGAUACUGG